UCCAUCUGUGAAGCAACAAGAUCCAGCCGCACCCAACGAUGCUGCAUGCAUCAUGGCGGCCAAUCUGCAUUUAAGGGCGGCUGUACCGGAUCAUGGGCAACCGGCCGGUAAAUUUGCCGCUGGCCCUCCUCCAUCAACCUUAGCUGCGCAGCUUGUGGAGAAUAUUUCAGCAUCCACGAAAUCCUCCAAAUCAGAUGAGAACAGCGAACUCAAAGGCUUCUUUGCUAUUAUUCAACGCGUCAAAGAUGACCCGACUCUUCUCAAGACGCCAGAGGACCGAGUUGAGCAUAAUCAUAUGCUUAUUUACGUUUACUCGAGAGCUGUUCUUGAAGGAAUUCGAUUAGAUGACCCAUUUCUUGACCGGACACAAGUACGGACAGAAGGCCUCAAGGCCAUCAGUUUUCUCAGGUUCUCUAUCAAAGAAACGCCGGCAGUUCUGAAACAUAGAGUGGGUGAGCAAGAGUAUAUGUUCCGAGGGCGGGAGCCAUUAUGGGUUUGGCUUCUUCCUCAGCUGCUUAGACUUCUUGGCCAUUCCCAGUGCCUUGAACUCACAGAAGCAAUUGAAGGCUUCCUCCAGUAUACAAUGCUAAUAAUAGCACAAAACUGGACUCUGUGGGAUAUGGCGCCAUCAUUCUUAUUCUAUCUGCGUACCAUCACAUCUCAUACCCUUCAACAGCUUCAAGACCCUCUAGUAGUUCCAUCUGUGGAAGAAAGUUUCAAGUCACUUUCUCUACCUCCUCAAAUUGCUCUCAGCCAAUUCGUCGACAAGCAGUCGCCCUUCACAAGCCAGCUUACAUAUUCUGUUGACCGAAUGUCGCAAGCGCUGCAACAACUGAUCAGCUUUUGCAAAGUGGCGGCCUAUCCUCUGACAGCUUCAGAUGAUGCCUUUAAUAACGUUACCUCCUUCUCAGAGACUGCGGUAUGGUUGAUUGAUGUCCUAGGGGACAUGCGGGUUAUCCAGACCCGGUACGGUAGCAACUUUCCUGCCUCUUCGCUUCAUGUUCUCCAACUGGCUCAAGAAAUCGAGCGAGCACUACGGAGAAGAAAAGGCAUCAGCGCUUCUGUUCACAAGAAGGCCAUCACUCUCAUGAUAUUGCUUUGUGGUGAGAUUGCGACAAGCCUCAAUCCCAUGCCGAUGCUAGACAUUGAUGAGGAAACGCGGCAUACAUACUGUAUGGCUCUAGCUAUAAUAACAGCAGCAUCUACUGAAAAUACGUCAAUUGGCCGGUUAGCGGUUUCCGGCAUUGUAGAUGAGUCUUCAAUGUUUUAUACAUCCCUGCCUGAAGGAACAGACCUGUGGGUGGGUUGCAUCCUCCAUAAUUCCUCCGUCAGCAACUAAUUCUCAAGAAGAGAGUGAUACAGACUUUAAGACAGAUCAAUUUCGAUCCCAGGCCAAAGCUGCUCUCCUCAAACCUACAUCCACUGAGUUUUGAGGAUUCUGCAGUGCAAGAGAUAAUCGAGACCUUGGCGCUGAGCUACGAGCCUCCCGAAACAAGUUCACAAGACCGUCUUAAACGCCGAAAAAUAGCACAGGCAGACUCUAGCCCCACGGCGGUCCUCAUGAGACUUUUGGGUGACGUUCUAGGGCUUGCAGAUGUGGACGAUGAUUUUCUUAAUCUUGAGAAUCAAGUAUUGGGAGCCUUUCCAAAGGCUGACACAUCACGUCAAUGUCUCAUACUUGAUUUGCUAUCGCGGAUAUCUUGCGUGGCGGAUGGUGGCAACGAGACAAUCAAUGAUACAAAAGCAGCAGUGACAGAAACAGCCUGCUCCAUUUGUGAACAUAAUGCACCUCCAGUUCGAUCAAACCUUCAUGGAGCAACCGUGCAUAAAUCCCGAAUCGAGGCACUCUUUACCAAACUGAUCCGACUCCCCGCCCUUGCUGAAUCUCGGCGUCCAAGGAUUGCUGCCAUGUUGGCUAUAAGGAGAGUGAUUCUCCAUUGUGAGGAUACCGAAUUACUUAAUCUGGAAACGUCUGGGAUGGGCCAGUGGUGUCUUCAGUCCUUAAACAGCUCUGUGAGGGAGCUGCGGAUAGCUGCCGGGCGUGUUCUAGCCACCUUCUCUUUGGCUAGGCCAGAGCCAAUUCUUUCCAACAUGGUUCUUCCGGCUCGACCAGCAGAAGCCAAUGGUGCUAGGAACCCACGAGUGAAUCAGGCUCAAGCGGCCUCCACAGAUGGCAAAUUCCAGACAAAUGCAUCAAAUGGAUCUUCUCCCAUGAAAACGCAAGAUUUGAUCUCGCGCAAUAGAAAAAACUCGAUUGCUUUCCUGAAAUCAAUCUCAGAUAAGAACCAGCCUAAUUUAACUGAAACGUUUAUUAUGGCAUGGGGUCAAUUGGGAACGGUUGUCUGGGAACACGAACUCAACUUGGUUCUCAUCAAGCUUUUGGAGUACUUGGGAAGCAACAACAAUAUCGUGUCAGCUUGCGCCUUCAAUGAGCUAUUGAAUCUAGCUGAUGCUCGUCGAGUAACCCCACGUAGGCUUUUCGAGCCUUUUUGGCCAAACCUAGCAUACAUGACCACCAAGGACAUGGUCCAACGCCCUCAAAUGAGCCGGACAAUUGCUGAAUUGCUACAAGUGUCUGUCAACGAGUUACUCCUCCUGAUUCAAACGCACGCACUGCCGUGGCUUGUGCUUGACAAGCAAAAAGACGUUAUCCAAAAGAUUGCGGAGGCACGGCAGGAGUCCGAGGUUUGGCUACCAUUAAUCGACCCUGCGAACCUAGCCGCAACCCUGGCCUUGCUCUUGGUUCAAGAUACAGACGAUAUCGCUAGUUUCGCAAAAUCUCGCCUCGAUGAGUUAUCGACACAUUUUCAAACAGAGCCCCUCGUCAACCUGCUUCAAGUGGAACCAGUGCUCACCGUCAUAGAGUUACUUAAAGCUGCCGGCGACGCAGAUGAAACAAAAAAGGCACCAGUCCGCAAAGCUUUAGACACUAUGGCGAAAAUGAUGAUCCCAGCAAACAAAGAAACCCGAGCUAAGAAGUCGGACCACACUGCUCGGUUUAUUCAUUCACAACUUCUUGGCCUCAUGGCAUGUCUCUUCGAUGUCAUCAAUGACCAGAGCCUUCCUGACCCAGAGCGUCGGCGCUACAUUCGGGCCAUGGAGGAAAUGAUCAGGGUGUCGAGGGGCUAUGCAAGCACAGCCAGACCGCAAAUGUCUGCUUGUUUGCUCUCGACACUGGCACAAGAUGCGCUGAGAGAAGCAAGUUUCUCAUGUUGGGCAUCGAUGCUCACACACCUUGAGGAGACAGAUGUUGAGGCAUUAUUAGAAACAACAUUUUUCGUCGUUACCCGUUACUGGCCCUUCUUGAGCGAGUCAACGGCUCUUCUAGCGCAGCAAAUGCUCAAGUCUCUCGUCGAUGAAUUUGAUCCCCUUGUUGCGAAGUACAUCGUCAAGCUCCCUUCGCUCAGACACAUUCCAGAGUUGAGGGACAUCGAGACAAAGCUGGAUCAGCAUAGACCAGCAACACUCGCGGUUGAAGAGGUUUUGGAAGCUUUCGCCGAGAGAAUCUGCCAUGAAAACUCCGGUGUUGCCCUUCAAGCAUUGACAGAAUUGAUACCAUACCUUCAGGAAAACCAAGCGCUGCUUCAUACAUCUGAGAUUAGUCUACAGUCAGAUAUUGGCGUUGUCGCACUUAUGCGGUCGCUUCUGGAUUGCGCAAGUAAAUACAGCGGCUUUCCAGGAGAUAUAGCGCGCCUAUGCACAGAAGCAAUGGGCUUGAUAGGCUGCCUGGAUCCCAGUAAGAUCGAGACUGUUAGAGAACAACGAUCAAUAGUCAUAUUGAACAAUUUUGCGACGAAUGAAGAAACUACGGACUUCGUUCUGUUUCUUCUGGAAGAGGCCCUGGUGCCAGCAUUCUUAUCUACGACUGAUGUUAAGUUCCAGGGAUUCUUGUCUUUUGCUAUGCAGGAACUCAUGGGCAGGUGCGACAUCAAAGCUGCAUGUGCCAUGGAAAACUCGGGGAUGAAAGGUGGAAACGACAUCUAUCGAAAAUGGGUUGCAAUGCCAGAAACUGUUCGGGAAGUGGUGGCACCUUUUCUGGCCUCCCGGUAUGUCGUUGCUCCAAUGCCACACACCGAGAUCGAGUAUCCGCUCUUUCGUCCUGGCAGACCUUAUCCGAGUUGGCUGAGAGUUUACGUUCUGGACCUUCUACGUAAGGGGCAGACGCCAUUUGCCGACUUGAUAUUCGAGCCUCUGGCGCGUGUCAUUCGCGUUAAAGAUCUCUCUAUUGCAGAGUUCAUCCUUCCCUAUAUAGUCCUGCAUACUCUUUUAGGGUCUCGGACUACACAGCAAGAAAGGGACGAUAUUCUCGGGGAACUUCUUGCUAUCUUGCAAUAUCAGCCUGCUGAGACGGCAUCGUAUCAGGAGAAGGAGGAUAUGCGGCGAUACUGUCAUCUUGUAUUUCGCGUUGUAGACUAUGCAAUGAGAUGGAUGCAAACAAGGCGAGCAGCUGGUCGCCUCACUGAAACUGAUAGGGAGAGGCUAGCUCAAGUGCAGGAGGCUCUCGAUCUGAUUCCAGCCGAACUCAUAGCACAAAGGGCUGUCGAUUGUAAUGAAUACGCACGUGCUCUUUUUCAUUUAGAGCAACAUGCCCACAAAAUGGAACAGAGGAAGAAAGAACCAGGGGAGCGUACCCGUCUCUUACAAAAACUUCAAGAUAUCUAUGCCAAUGUCGAUGAGCCUGAUGGCCUUGAUGGAAUUUCAGCUCAUUUACAAGUUCUUGACAUCAACCAACAGAUUCUGAGUCAUCGCAAAGCAGGCAGGUGGACUGCUGUUCAGAACUGGUACGAGAUGCAACUCGCUGAGAACCCUGUCAACACAGAUAUCCAGAUCGACUUGCUUCAUUGCCUGAAGCAGGCUGGUCAGCACGAGGGGUUAUUGAAUCACAUCGAGGGUAUGCACACAGAUGCAUCUACGGACAACAAGAUCAUGCCUUAUGCAGUAGAGGCGGCAUGGGUUACAGGAAGGUGGGAGAGCCUUACCAAAUUCACUCAACGAUUUCGCGGCGACCCUAUUGAAGACUUCAACAUCUCGAUCGCGACCCUUUUCGAAAAGCUGAGGGCUAAAGACAAGCCUAAAGAGCUCAUUAAGAUAAUGAAGGAUAUAAGAGUCAAAAUUUCAUCAUCGAUGAACGCUGCAUCCACCUCAUCGCUACAAGCCUGUCAUGACCUCCUUCUUAAGUCACAUGUUCUUACGGACGUGGAAAUCAUAAUAGGAACAAAAGCGGGUGACGAAGUCGCCCGCCAAAAGACAGCAGCCCUGCUAGAAAGGAGACUCGAAAUUAUAGGUGCAUACAUGAACGACAAGCAAUAUCUUCUUGGUAUUCGCCGUGCCACCAUGGAGUUGACUAGACCUACAUUCACUGACCUAGACAUUUCUGGACUAUGGCUCUCGAGUUCACGCCUUGCACGGAAGUCGAACUCGCUUCAUCAGUCCUUUAACGCUAUUCUACACGCUUCGAAGCUGGGCGAUGAUGCGGCUACUAUUGAGAAUGCCAAGCUUCUUUGGAGAGAAGAUCAGCACCGAAAGGCAAUACAGGUUUUGCAGGGAGCAAUUAAGAGCAACAAGUUCAUGACACAAACAGGGACAGCAACCAGCACAAGUUCAAGCAAGUUGAGCCCACAACAGAAGCUCUUGACGGCUAGGGCGCAGCUGCUGCUUGCCAAAUGGCUUGAUAGCGCUGGGCAGACGCACGCCGGUGCAUUGCGUGAAAAAUAUCAGCAGCCACCCAAGACCUUGUCGACUUGGGAAAAGGGACAUUAUUACCUUGGCCGUCACUACAAGAAGAUCCUCGAAGCUGAAAAGCCGCUCAAAGCCGAUGACCAGAGCGACAACUACAUCACCGGUGAAGUCGCUAGACUCGUCAUCGAGAACUAUGUCCGUUCACUUAACUCGGGCACCAAAUAUCUUUACCAGACUCUCCCACGAAUUUUGACUCUCUGGCUUGACCUUGGUGCCCAAGUAGACAGAGCACCAGAAGGGAAAGCAUCGCUAUCUCGCGAGCUCCACCGAAGACGUGUUGAGCAGCUCAAUCUUUUGCACUCUUUUCUUGACAAAUACAUCCAUAGGCUGCCGGCGUACAUCUUUUAUACAGCUUUGCCACAGAUUGUUGCACGCAUCGCCCACCCCAACUCGAACGUUUUCGACCGGCUGACACAUAUCAUUGCCAAGGUCGUGGAAGCUCAUCCUCGGCAAGCGCUUUGGAGCCUUAUUGGCAUCAUGACAACAAGACAAGUGUCGGAAAGAAAGGCACGAGGCACUCAGAUCCUUCAGACUCUCAGGAAUAUAUCGAAGAAGGUUGAGGGCUCUACGACCGAUUUCAAACACCUGCUCAGGAUGGGAGAGAAAUUAGCCGAACAGCUGCUUCUUGCAUGCCAAAACGGAGACUUCCGGGGCAACAAGACUGUUCAUGCCAGCCUGGGUAGAGAUCUUCGAUUCAAUCAUAAAUGUACUCCAUGUCCGUUGGUCGUGCCUGUCGAGAGCUCUUUGACGGCAACGUUACCGGCUGUAUCAGAGUAUGUUAAAAAACACAAGGCAUUUUCUAGAGAUGUUGUUACGAUUGACUCCUUUCUGGAUGAUGUGCUCGUGCUGAGCUCGCUGGCUAAGCCAAGACGACUCACAACACGAGGGAGUGAUGGCAAAAGCUACAUGCUUCUCAUCAAACCCAAGGACGACUUGCGAACUGACCAGCGUCUUAUGGAAUUCAAUGGAUUGAUCAAUCGGUCGUUGAAACGAGAUGCGGAAUCCAGCCGGAGACAGCUUUACAUUCGAACAUAUGCUGUAACGCCACUCAAUGAGGAGUGCGGAAUCAUUGAAUGGGUUCCAGGAAUCAAAACUAUGCGAGACAUUCUCAUCAAUCUUUAUGCGUCCCGAAAGAUUUACCCCGACUACACCGUUCUGAAGCAACUCAUGGAUGAAGCAUGUUUAUCAGACGGCAAAACCAGGAUAUUUACUGAUGAGGUCCUGGGGAGAUUUCCUCCGGUACUUCAGUUGUGGUUCACGCAACAGUUCCCUAGUCCGUCAGCGUGGUUUGCUGCGCGUUUAAAAUACACACGGUCGUGUGCUGUCAUGUCUAUGGUAGGCACCAUCCUAGGCCUUGGCGAUAGACAUGGUGAGAACGUGAAUUUGGAGGAGGGCAAUGGUGGAGUAUUUCACGUCGAUUUCAAUUGUCUCUUUGACAAAGGUCUGACAUUUGCCAAACCUGAAAGAGUGCCGUUCCGACUUACCCACAACAUGGUGGCUGCGAUGGGUAUAUACGGUUACGAAGGACCAUUUCGCAAGUCUUGCGAGCUGACUCUGAGCAUUCUUCGUCAGCAAGAGGAGACUCUGAUGACAAUUCUAGAGGCUUUCAUCUACGACCCAACGUUGGAUCUACAAAAGGAGAAACGAGCACAUCGGCGAGGAGAUGUGGGCGUCAAGCUGCAGCCUCAAAGCGUUGUAGACAGUAUCAAGCGCAAAGUCAGGGGUUUGCUUCCAACUGAAAGCAUUCCUUUGGGCGUUGAAGGCCAGGUGGAGGAAUUGAUCAAACAAGCGGUUGAUCCAAGAAAUUUGGCUGCAAUGUAUAUAGGCUGGUGUCCGUUCCUGUAAACCAGAACAAAGAGAGAAAUACGUCAAGAGGCACGUUGCAGGUGAAAAGAGGAAGAAAAGCUUAGAAUUGUUCGCGCUUAUAACAAUCAGAGUCAUUCACAAGAUAAAAAAGUAAAAAUCCCAGGUCAUUCUAUUU